GCCCCUACUUCCUGUUUCUGAUUCUAGAUACACUCAACUGUUUAAGAAGAGCAGUUUCCCAGAUUUCUCCUUGGAGCUGUUACUGACUGCGGUGCAAGCAAGAGCAGGAGGGAAGCACGACCUCUGAGCAAAUGCCCGGUUCCUUCUCAUGCGGUGUGGCGUUCACACAGCUGUGGCUGACUCUCCUGGUUGUGACCCCUGUCAAUGGACAACAUGAAGCUGUACUCCAGUCUGUGGUUUACCUUCAGCCUCCAUGGACCACUUUCUUUCAAGGAGAGAAAGUCACUUUGUUUUGUUAUGGAUUUGGCUUCUACUUACCCCAGAAAACAAAAUGGUACCGGAAAAAUAAAACACAGAGGCAAUUACGAAGCACAUCUACCUUAGAGGUCCGUGAGUCCGGAGAGUACUGGUGCCAAGCCGACAACUUCCUUCCAAGCAUGCACGUGCACUUAGACUUUCGUCAAGAUUCUCUGGUGCUGCAAGCUCCCCCUGCUGUGUUCGAAGGAGACUCUGUGGUUCUGAGGUGCCACACAAGGGAAGACAUAGCAGCAGAGAGCCUGAAAUUUUACAAGAAUGGUAAAGCUCUGGAAUUAUCUGGUCCAAGUUCUGAGCUCCAUAUUCAUCAUGCAAAUCGGGAGGACAACGGUCAAUACACGUGCACUGGGAGGAAGAAUUGGCAUUUGAAGUAUACCCCUUCCAAUACGGUCAGAGUUCAAGUCCAAGAGCUGCUCCCACGGCCUGUGCUGAUGGCCACACCCUCCCAACCCAUAGAUGGAAGCCCAGUGACCCUGACCUGUCAGAUCCAGCUCCCUGCACAGAGGUCAAAUGUCCAGCUCCAGUUCUGUUUCUUGAAAAACCUCCAGGCUCUGGAAUCAGGCUGCAGCAACUCCUCAGAGUUUCACAUUCCUGCUAUAUGGACUGAAGAAUCAACAUGGUACCAGUGCAGGGCAGAAACAGUGAAUUCCCAAACUGAAAAACAAAGUAUAGCGUUAAAAAUUCCAGUGCAGAGAGCUCUUGCUGACUUCCAAACAUACAUCAUGCCAGCCUCAAAAUUGGUGUACGAAGGGCAGUCACUGUUACUCAACUGCUCAGUAAAUGGAGUCCCAGGGCCCCUCAAAUUCUCCUGGUACAAAAGGGACAUGCUGAAUAAAAAAGCAAAUAUUCCAAAGUCCUCAGGAGCAGAAGUCAAGAUCUCCAAGGUGAACGUCAGCGACGCAGGGGAGUAUUACUGUGAGGCUAAAAACAGUCGCCGACGUUUUGUCAGCCGGGCAGUUCCCAUCACCAUAAAAGUCCCAGUAUCUCAACCAGUUCUCACCCUAAGUAGUGGGAAGACUCAGGCCCUUGAGGGAGACUUGAUGACACUUCAUUGUAAAUCCCAGAGGGGCUCUCCAUAUAUCCUGUAUGAGUUCUACCAUGAGAACGUCUCCCUGGGGAACAGCUCUACACUCUCAGGAGAAGGAGGAGGAGCAUCCUUCAAUUUCUCGAUGAGCACAGAGAGAUCUGGAAACUACCACUGCACAGCAGACAAUGGCCUGGGAGCCCAGAACAGUGAGGCUAUAUGGAUCUCUGUUGCUGAAAUGACCAACAACAGAAGUGCUCCUGUGAUUGCCGGAAUCACUGUGGGACUGCUCAUCACAGCUGUUGGAGUGUUUCUGUCAUAUUGCUGGUUCUCUAGACAAGCAGGGGGAAAGCCUGCCUCUGAUGAGUCCAGGAGUCCUUCAGAUGCAGAACCCCAGGAGCCCACCUAUUAUAACAUGCCAGCCUGUAUAGAACUGCAGCCAGUGUACAGCAAUGACCCUAAAGAAGCCGUGAUUUACACGGAAAUACGGAGAACUCAACCGAAACCGAAACCGAAACGUGCAGUUAAGGAGUCUGAAAGCCCAAGAUCAAGGUGCCAGAUGGCUGAGAAAAACUAGGACAUGUCUCCUUCAAGGACAGCUCCAGAGAAGCAACCUGCAGCUACUUCAGUCUACUGUGCCUGCACUUUCCUGCCCACAGAUGGUCCCACAGAGCAUGGACAGCAAUGAAACAGACAACUCUCCUAAGACUGGACCAACAUCCCCAUCCCCACUUUCUUAGGUUUUCCAGAAACACGUCACCCCAAAGUCAGAAGGAAGCAACUAAAGAUCACAAUGACCCUAUUCCUGCUUUACCAUCGCCUCUUCCUUGUUUCUAAUUUUUUUAAUUAAACCAAAAUGGAAGAAUGUUAGCAUUUCUUCUAGGCUCUGCCCAACAGUUACCUAGCAACUACCAGGUAAGAGCCUGGCUUGCUAUAAAAGGACUGUUUGGCACUUGCCCCCCCCCCCUCUCUCUUUGGCCUCUUUCUUCCUCUCCCUCCCCCUCCUACCCCCUCCACCUGUUCCUGGCUGGCCUCUUCUCUUUUAUUCUCUCCUCUCUCUCUGUCCUUCUCUGUCACCUCUUUCUCUGCCUCUACUCCCUUCUCAACCCCCUUCUCAUGUCCCCAAAUAAACCUUAUUUUAAACUAGAUCUGUCAUAUGGCUGGUACCUCAGGGGUUGGGGAUGCCUCAGCAUGGGCCCACUGAGGCACCCCGUCCUGCUGCAACAUACGCCAUUUUACAAAGCACAUUAGUCAGUGCUCUUUACCACUGAGCCAUUGCUCCUCUC